AUGAUUAAGUAUUAUGACGGUCAAGUAUAUAGGACAAACAGCAGUACCAUCUUAUAUAAUAUUAAUACUAUCAAUAUUGCAGGUAGUACACCAGAAACUACUGUAUGCUGUCCUAUAGGAACAGCCCAAUUGCCGCGAUUUGGCUAUGAGCCCUCAACACAACAAUGUCACCAAUUUAUCUAUAGAGGACUUAAGGGGAAUCAGAAUAAUUUUUUAACUCUUGAGGAGUGCCAGUUGGCUUGUCUUCCUAAUCCGUGCCCUUCCGGUAAGAAAUUUUUAGUAGGAAUUUUAUAAGCGGUAGGAUUAUAAGUAUUUUCCCACCAUCGGUACUUUUCGGUAUACAUAUAUCGGUAAUUCGCUACAGAAUAUGUACGCUACGAUAAUUUUUAUUUAACGGUAUUUCUUAGUAUGGUACGAAAAUGAGUCGUCAGAAAUAUUUGAAUCACUUUUUUUUUAUUUUUACAACUUAUGCAAUUUAAUAUUUUUACAUUCUAAUAAAUUUCACUUCGUUUCUACAAAAUUGGAGUAAUCAUGUUUUGUUUAAUUACAUAUUUUUGACAGAGGGUUUAUUAACCUUCUAAUUUGAUGUUCGUAGUUACGAUGUGCUCUGAUUGACGAAUAUUUAUUUUUAUUUAUUUUCUGUUUUUUGCUAUUCUAGAGUUGUUUGGACUAACAUACAUAUUUUGUUCUGAUUGUUUUGGUUUUUGUUUACUCUACUUUUUUUUGUUCCUUUCUGUUCUGAUUUUUUUGUUCCGUCGUCCCCACCCUUUUAAUAGGCUACCGUAUUUUCU